AUGUCGCUUAACCAUCCAUUUGAUCCUUUGACCCCAAAGGAAAUAAUCAAGGCUGCAGCUAUUGUGCGCGACGAAUUUCCAGCCCAAAACCCCAACUUCCGGGUCAUUACCUUGAAAGAACCAGCCAAGGCUGAGAUGGUUCCGUUCCUGGACCUCGAGCAUCGAGGAGAGAAGACCAACAAGCGACCUGCCCGUAUCGCCCGUGUGCAGGUAGUCCUUGGUGAGACAGCAAACAAGUUUGUUGAGCUGUGGGUCGACCUUGAUCAAACUUGUAUACUUCAGACGCAAGAACUUGUGGGGAAGCAUCCCUACAUUGACUCCGACUACAUGCAAGCCGUUGAGAAGGUCUGCAUUCAAGAUCCAAAUGUUCAACAGCAUAUUGCAAACCUUCAGCUGCCUGCUAAUGCUUCUGUCGUUGUCGAGGCAUGGGCAUAUGCUACAGAUGGCCUUAAUGAUAUGUCAAAGCGAAUUACGAUGUGCUGGUUCUACAUGCGCCUAGUAGAUGACGCCGAUGCCAAUUACUAUGCCUACCCGCUAGAUCUUUGCGCCGAAGUGUCGGAAGAGUUAAAGGUCACCAAGAUUUACCAACUACCAUCUGGUCCUGAUGACCAAAUCUACGAACCAAGACCAGCUGACCGUAUCCACGAAAAACCAAAGCCAUUUGACCGCCGCAAGAUUCAUGGAGCGGAAACCGAAUACAGCCCUGGUCUGAGACCCUCGCCCCGGACGAGCACCAAGCCCUACCAAGUGGUACAACCCGAAGGUCCCUCCUUCAAAACACAGGGCAACUUCAUUGAGUGGGAAAAGUGGUCUAUGCAUAUCGGUUUUAACUACCGAGAAGGCCUAACUCUCCACGACGUCCGCUACGAUAAUCGAAGUCUCUUCUACCGCAUUUCGUUGGCAGAGAUGUUUGUGCCGUACAGCGAUCCCCGAACUCCCUACCCACGCAAGGCAGCGUUCGAUCUUGGGAAUGAUGGAGCGGGAAUCAAUGCCAACAAUCUACGUCUAGGCUGUGAUUGCUUGGGACAUAUUAAGUACUUUGAUGGUUGGCACACAACUAUCACGGGUGAUCCAGUCAAGCUUCCUAAUGUGGUUUGCUGUCAUGAGCAGGAUGAUGGUAUCUUAUGGAAACAUACGAGCUUCCGAACCCAGAAUGCUGUUGUUACGCGCUCGCGUAUCCUGGUUUUGCAAACGAUUAUCACGGUCAGUAACUACGAAUACAUAUUUGCGUUCCACUUUGGUCAAGAUGCGUCAAUCCAUUACGAAGUCCGCGCUACAGGCAUCCUUUCGACUACACCCAUCAAUAUCGGCGACAAGUGCCCAUACGGGACGAUCGUUGCGCCAGGUGUUUUAGCACCAUAUCACCAGCAUCUGUUUUCCCUCCGCAUAGAUCCUUCCCUUGAUGGCCACAACAACUCCUUACAGGUAGAAGAAACGCAUCCCAUGCCAGCGAACUCAUACAACACCUCCGGAGUGGGAUACAUGACACACUCGUCCAUAAUAGACCACGAACGGGGUCUAGACUUGAAUUUCAGAAAGAAUCGCACCUUCAAAAUAAUCAACGAGAAUGUUAUCAACCCCGUGACUGGAACUCCUGUCGGAUUCAAGCUACUACCAGCAUAUAGCCAAAUGCUACUAGCACACCCGGAGUCUUAUCAUGGAAAGCGCUCUGAAUUCGGCGCACAUGCAGUCUGGGUUACUCGUUACAACGAUGAAGAGCUAUUCCCCUCUGGUCGGCAUACGAUGCAGUCAAGUGGUGGGGAAGGGAUUGCAACUGCGAUUCAAAACCGUGUUUGGACUGAGGAGUCAUCGGUGCGAAAUAAGGAUAUUGUUGUGUGGCAUACUUUUGGGUCGACGCAUAAUCCUAGGAUUGAGGAUUGGCCUGUGAUGCCGUCGGAGAAGAUGGUUGUUGGGCUCAAGCCUGCUAAUUUCUUUAUGGGUAAUCCUGGUCUGGAUGUCGCUGUGUCGACUCAGGCGCAGAAUCAGAGUGUUUUGGUGGAAGGUGAUGAUUCCAGCUCGAAGUCGUCAUGCUGCAAACUUUAG